AUGUCGCUUUUAUAUUCCCUGCACGACUCCUUCAUCGGCAAAUCCCUCGGUACUGUUGCCGGCAGCCUUCUAAACCCAGUCGUCCCCGGCGCUUUACUUCUUUUUCUCGAGAAAGCACCACAGGAGACUAUCCAGCAUCUCCUUACCCGGGCCUCGCUUCCGCCCAACCAUGACUUGACGCUUGCCAAGUCCAUCCUCCAAGCGCUCCUCGCCAUUGGCACGCUGCGCUAUGUGAACGCGAAGCUCACUUCCAUGGCUGCGAAUUCAUGGCGAUUAGGCGGCGCGCCGGGCUGGGACUGGCCCAACGAGAUUGCUGUUGUUACUGGUGGUUGCAGCGGUAUCGGUCUUGCUAUUGUGCAAAAGCUCAUUGCCGCACGUGUCAAAGUCGCCGUCUUUGAUAUCCAACCUCUGCCCAAGCAACUUCAAGGCAGCCCCAACGUUCGCUUCUACAAAUGCGACGUCACGUCUGCUGCGUCGAUCGCCGAUGCGGCGGCUGGUGUACGUGGCGACUUUGGAGAGCCCACCAUUCUGGUGAACAAUGCUGGCAUUGCAGUGCCAAAGUCUAUUCUCGACAUUGAAGAGAAGGCGCUUAAGAAGAUCUUUGCCAUCAACACCAUGAGUCACUGGCUCACCGUCCAGCAGUUCCUGCCCAGCAUGAUCAAAGCCAACAAGGGCCACAUUGUCACCAUGGCUAGUGUCGCAUCCUUUGUAGGGCUUCCAGGUCAUGCCGACUACGGAUCUACCAAAGCAUCUGCUCUUGCAUUCCAUGAAGCGCUUCAAGUCGAGCUCAAGCACGUGUACGGCGCGCCAAAUGUCAUGACCACUAUUGUGCACCCAAACUUUGUGGCCACGCCGCUAGUGGAAGACUUUAAGGGCCAUCUGAAGAGCUCGGGCGUAACGUUUCUCACACCGGAGCAGGUGGCCCAAGACACAGUGGCCCAGAUCUUCGAUAGGAAGGGUGGACAAGUUGUUGUUCCCAAAUCUUCUGGCAUCGCCUCGGCAGUUCGAGGCUGGCCAUUAUGGCUGCAGGUCAUUAUUCACGACUUUCUAGGAGCGAAUGCCAAGAGGAUGAAUAGUAAGUAG